CAGUGUGCUUAUUCCAUGGCAUCUGCCACAAGGGUUCUUUCUCGUUGUCCAUUGCAUCUCCUCCUUCAAGGGGCGCGCCAUGAUUUGCCAAAAUUCUCUGAUUUCGUCCGUUUGACUCGAAAUCACCGGAUUCUGGUGUUGUCGCCAGCUGCUUCGCCUUAGCAUCGAGCGCCAACUCAACAGUUGCUGUCAUCGGCGUCCAGGCGCAUUGCGCAUACUGGCGCCAUGGCUUCCUCUCCACGAUUUCGCUUCUUAGCGAUUGCCGUCAUCUUCCACUUCGUGUACAUAUUUUCCAUCUUCGACAUCUACUUCGUCAGCCCUAUCGUCUCGGGCAUGCGUUUGUUUCAGGUAGAAAGGCCACCAUCGGCCCCAGCGCCUGCCGACCGUCUGGUGCUUUUCGUCGGCGACGGUCUGCGCGCCGAUAAAGCCUUCCAAUCGCAUCCCGAACCCUAUCCCGAGACCGACGAUGACCUUGUCCCGCGCCCACUUGCCCCUUUUCUGCGGUCUAGAGUGCUCCAAGAAGGAACCUUUGGCGUCUCCCACACGCGCGUGCCCACCGAGUCCCGGCCGGGACAUGUUGCUCUCAUCGCCGGCCUUUAUGAAGACGUCUCCGCCGUGACGACGGGUUGGAAGCUGAACCCAGUCAACUUCGACAGUCUCUUCAACCGCAGUCGGCAUACAUGGAGUUGGGGCAGCCCCGAUAUCUUGCCAAUGUUCCAGUAUGGCGCAGUUCCGGGCAGGGUGGAUGCUUUUAUGUACGGAGCUGAACUCGAGGAUUUCUCCUCGGACGCGGUUGUGCUGGAUCUCUGGGUGUUCGACCACGUCAAGGAAUUCUUCGCCGAGGCUCGGACGAAUAAGACGCUCAACGAUGCGCUUAGGCAGGACAAGGUUGUCUUUUUUCUCCACCUGUUGGGAUUGGACACGACAGGACACGGGUUCCGGCCGUAUUCGAAGGAGUACCUCCACAACAUCAAAGUGGUCGACGAAGGGGUUCGCGAGAUCACCGAGUUGAUCAAUGAUUUCUACGGCGACGACCGGACAGCCUUCGUCUUCACAGCUGAUCACGGCAUGAGUGACUGGGGAAGCCACGGCGACGGCCACCCCGACAACACCCGGACUCCCCUGAUUGCUUGGGGCUCAGGGGUUGCCAAGCCCCAGCUCUAUCCCGGAGAAGUCGCGCCUGGACACGACGAGUACUCUUCCGAUUGGAACCUUGACCAUGUCAGGAGACACGACGUCGCGCAAGCUGAUGUUGCUGCUCUCAUGGCCUAUCUCGUGGGCACCGAGUUCCCCGCGAACUCCGUGGGCGAGCUGCCCUUGUCCUUCCUGACAGCUGAUCUCAGAGAGAAGGCCGAAGCAUCGCUGGUCAAUGCGCAAGGAAUUCUAGAGCAGUACCGGGUCAAGGAGGAGAAGAAGAAGGUUACCGAGUUGAGGUACAAGCCUUACAGACCGCUGAGUCACGAGGGCAUGGAGCCCGAACGUCGGGUGGCUCACAUCCGCCAGCUCAUUGAGGCCGGCAGUUACGAAGAAGCAAUCGAGGAGUCGGCCGCUCUCCUGAAAGUCGGUCUCGGUGGUCUCAGAUAUUUGCAGACCUACGACUGGUUGUUUUUGCGGGCUCUCAUCACCACAGGGUAUCUGGGAUGGGUGGUGUAUGCGCUUACCACCGUCAUCGACCUCCAUGUGCUGCAUGGACGCGUGCAGCCUUCUAGGACGUUGGCUGGGACCUUUGUCUCAUCUUCUGUCUUGACUUCGCUCUACGCGUCAUUUGUCAUCUCGAAGUCUCCGCUUACCUACUACGCAUACGCCUUCUUCCCGGUUUUCUUCUGGGAAGAAGUUUAUGCCCGGCGUGAGAGCUUGGUGAUGGGUCGGAAGAAACUGUUUGCUCAUGUCAAGUCAGGGGGCAGCCUUGCGUCGUUGCUAUUUAACUGCGCCGUUUAUGUUGGAAUUAUUGAAUCGUUGGCUCUGGGUUAUAUCCAUCGCGAGGUCCUGACCGUUCUGUUCAUCAUCGGCGCUUUCUGGCCUCUUUCAUACGGCUUCUCAUUCCUGCAACAACAUGCCGCACUGUCCAUCACAUGGUUCCUCUCCUGCGUCGCCAUGAGCAGCUUUACACUUCUUCCGGCUAUGAAGACCGAGGAUGUGAACCUCAUCAUCCUUGGAGGUGUGCUGAUGGUAGUUGUCGGCAUCUUAUACCUGGUUUUGGAGGACUUUGUCCUUGCAGACUUCACCUGGUCAGAAGAGCCUUCCCGGCGAAAUCAUGUUUCAAGGACGCUCGUGGGCAUCCAGGUCGGCCUGACCCUCCUCUCCAUCGUCGUCACUCGGUCUAGCGCCCUGUCGAUACAGGCCAGACAGGGCCUUCCGCGAGGCAACCAGAUCAUGGGCUGGUUUGUUCUCGUGGCUUCUCUCCUCAUGCCGUUAGCGCAUCGUCUACAACCCAACAAUCACUACAUGCACAGGAUCAUGGUCAUCUUCCUCACCUGCGCCCCUACCUUUGUCAUCCUGACUAUCUCCUACGAAGGACUCUUCUACCUGGCCUUCUCUGCGACCCUGGUCAGCUGGGUCCGCCUCGAGCACGCCGUCUUCAAGUUCUCCGCAUCCAGCUCCUCGUCCUCAUCUUCAGUCACCAAGAGCCCCGCAGCACCCGCCCAGGCGAACGGUUCCUCAACACCCGCUAAACAACGCCAAUCCCCCCUCGAAACCUCGCGAACGCUCACCUUCCCCUUCCGCCCGUUGACCCUCCACGACGCGCGCGUGGCCCUGUUCUUCUUCGUGCUCCUGCAGUCAGCCUUUUUCAGCACUGGCAACGUCGCGUCGGUCUCGUCCUUUAGCCUCGACAGCGUCUCGCGCCUCAUUCCCAUUUUCAACCCCUUUACGCAGGGCGCCAUGCUCAUCCUCAAGAUCAUGAUCCCCUUCGCCCUCAUUUCGGCCAACCUGGGCAUUCUCAACAAAAGACUCGGCAUCGCGCCCUCGGCGCUGCUCAUGGUGGUCAUGGCCAUCAGCGAUAUCCUGACGCUGUAUUUCUUUUGGGUGGUAAGGGACGAGGGGUCGUGGCUCGAGAUUGGGUCGACGAUUAGCCAUUUUGUGAUUGCGAGUCUGAUGUGCAUCUUUGUGGCUGCGCUGGAGGGCGUCAGCGCCAUGUUUAUUGCUGGGGUCGAGGUUGGGAGCGAUGUGGUCAAGGCCGUUGCCGAGGGGCAGGUGGCAGAAGUGUUGUUGGAAAGGGCGAAUGAGGCAGUCGAGCACCUGCCUGGGGUUGCUGGUGAUGAUGGUGCUGGUGGGAAGUAGGGGGUAGAGGUAAUGGUUUCAUGUACAUAUAGAAGGGUAGCAUUUGGAGAAUAUUGCAUAAAAGGGUGGUUCUGAUGCUGGGAAAAUCAGAAAAGGGUUCGAUCCGGUGAUUCAAGAGAUACAGGUGCUUGAUGUUGCGUGUUACAGGUGAUUGUUGCCGCAGAUGUUGCUUCAGCCACCUGGAGCCUGAUAGGCUUUGGAGAAAGGUGUCGCUGUAUGGGAAGUAUGGCAUGCACGGACGAAAGGAGGUGCAGAUCCGUA